AUGCAGCUGAUCAAGCACGGUCGCGAGGAGAGAGAGGCACUCCUGACAACCGCCGCUCCCAACGGACGAUAUCAGCUACGAUCGGAGUGUCAGCAGCCCACCGACCCCACGAAGAUCCUGGCUCAACAGGGGCGGUCCAAGUAUCCCGCUCCAGCCACCACUCCUCUGGCGGGUCAGGAGCAUCCUCUACAGAAGGAACGACGGGAGGGUCCGAGCACAGCGCUGACGGGGGCGGCUGAGGAGGAGGCACCGACGGAGGCUGCACGGCCGGAGUCGGCGGGGGCGGAGGAAGCGCUACCGCCGCGGGGGCCGGGCGGCGGAGGAACCGCUAAGGUUGGAGCGGACGAUGUCUGCAGCGGCUGGGGCACCAGCAGAGACGCCCACGUUGGCGGGAGCUGGGGCGCGGGCACCGAACCUGGACCCGAUGACACGGACGGCUCCAUCGACGGGGAGGGCAACUAG